CGGACGGGACCCGCGCCGCCCAGCUCAACCGAAAGGGAAAUUUUUGCCACAAUUUACUUGCGAAUUGUUGUCCUGCCUGGCCGUGUGAUGCUGCCCUGAGGUGCCAAGGGUGUGCGAGGGCAGGGAGGCAGCCAGACACCCUUGCCCUGCGCCGGGUACAGCACAGGCAUUGUAAGGCAGCACAAUGAGGGUGCACUGUGUAAUAUGUGGGGAACUGUCCCUGCAGACCCAGGAUGUGUCUGCUGCACCAUGUGGCCACACCUUUCACAGUGUAUGCAUCUUACAGUGGCUGGAAAGGUCCAAGUCUUGUCCACAGUGCCGCAGCAAGGCAACUCAGCGGACCCUGAUCAAGCUGUUCUUUGACCCUGGAAGCUCCUACGAUGACCAAGACCCCGAUGCAUUGCUGCAGCAGAUUGAAAACAUCAAGUUUCAGGUCAAAUUGAAGGAACAGGAGGUGAAGAAGGUGUCCGAUGAGAAUGACAUACUGAAGGUGCAGGCGGUGGCUCUAAGGGAGGAGUUUAAGGGGAUUGAGACAAGGCUGAAGGACAGAGAUACAACCAUCCUGGCGUACAAGGCCCAGCUGCAGUAUGUUGAUCGGGUGACCGUGGAAGCAAAAAAGGCAAAGGAAGAAGCUAAGAAACUGCGCCAAAAGCUGAACCUGCUCUCAGGGGUAGAGAAGGUGUUGGGAGGGACAAACGAGGACGUAGAGAACGUCUUGCAGUCAAACCGUUUCACCAACUUUGAGUCCCUCGCCACCUUCGUCUCUGUGUUGAAAAAGGAGCUGAGCCGAGAGUCUGAGGCUAAGAGUAAGAUGAGGGCAGAGGUAUUAGCAGCAACCACUAAGUGUAGGGACAUGACCAAGGUGGCUCAGAGUCUGCAGGAGGAGGUGGAACACCUAACCUCCACCGUGCAGCAGCUGGAGCAGGACAAUGAGUCUCUGGAGCAGGAGAAUGCAAGCCUCAGGAAGAAGAUGCAAGUUCUGGAGCAGGCUAUCACAUCUCCCUCAGAUGAUGUGCGCAGCAGUGCCAUCCACCGCCUGCUGUCUGAAAGCCCCGCCCCAGAGUUUCUCAAGAGGCUGCACAGCACCAGCCUCAGCGACUGUAUCACCCCAGAGGUUGUAAAGAAGCAGCGCCACACACCCUCAGAAUCAAAGGCGUCUGAUGUAACAACAGAGACAGCAGGGACAUCAGCAGAGGAAAAGCCAUCUCAGCCGCCAGCGUUGUGUACCGUAACUCCAGUUCGUCCCUUGUCAGACAGCCUCAACAUCAUGAAGGGAGCAAAUGGGCAUCACCACCGCCUCUUUGCUAAGCCUAAUAACUCUUCAUCCUCUAUUCUGGGUUCUCAUAAGGCGGUGAGGGACGUGGGUUACGAUGGACUGGGAGGUCACUACAAAUUUGAAGAGUUCCCCAAGCCUCGCACCACCCAGCUCCUGGUGGCCUCCAAGAGGAAAUACACCACCAAGAAGGUUGGCCGUGGUAGAGGCGGGGGUGGUCGUGGUGGUGGUAGUUCAGUGUCCAGCAAGGCGGGCAAAGUCAAUAAUAUCCAUGACUACUUUAAGAAUACCUUUGAUGAUGAUUUUGACUAACCUUUUGUCCAUGUCGUAGCCGUUCUUGCAGCAUUCUCUUUUUAUACUUUACUUUUGCCUCAGUCCUUCUUAUGAUUUUACUUCUUUCACUGUUUUGUAGAUAUUUUCCUUUUUUUAUUUAUUAUUCUUUUUUACUUGUACACUUUUAUAUUUGAUAUUGUGAUAUUAUUGAGUAAAUGUAUGUCUUGUAAUGCCAAAGUAUCAGAAGUGUUUGGUUAAACCAGUAGGGUGAGUUGGGGAUGAACCAUACAUGUGGACGUAACAUACAGAUGCUCCCAUGGCCACAUUUAUAGGUUUGAAAUGGUCUUCCUCUAACAUGUAUUAGGGAAAACGGGUAUGCACAGCUGAGCAAUGGCAGUAUUGGGGGGGAUGCUUGGCUAAAUUUUGAGGG